AUUGAAGCACAUCACAACGUACUGGUUGAUAAGCCCGUUGGUACACGCUUGCCCACGUCCGGGCAAUGUGCCGGCCUCAUUCCCGGCAAUUACAGUGCAAGCAAAAUUUCUUAAGGAAGCAGCCGCUAUGCUGGAUACAUCAACCGAUAACAGUAAAGAAAGAAUACAGCAAAGUUUGGAUGAGCUGAAAACGGAUUUCUGCCUGAAACUGUUGCGAGAUUUAAUCAAACAGAAAAGGCAUCUGCGGAUUGCCUGGUUACUGAGCCAGGAAACAUUUCUAAAUUUGGUGCUGACAUGUCUAAACGGCGAGGAGCAGCAGCGUGAUGGCUUGGUCGGGUCGUUACUCAAACAACUACAGGACUUGGCUGCAAAAGCUAAAGAUAAUCCUCUGUUGCCUUACUUGCGAAAAUUUUCGCUGGAACGGGAAGGAGUGCUGUUACGUCUAUCACUGGUCGGCGGUAUGUUCGAUUCGGUAUGUCAUCCAUCGAAUUGCGAUGCUUGGGCGCUCACACUCUUCCAGCUUAUGUUAUAUGGUGUUGUUUCGAGAGAAAGAGAUAGAUAUCUGUUUGACUCAUGCUACGAUAUGCUGUCAACGCUGUUGGUGUGGUCGAUAACAGACCCGAUGAAUGCGGUUCCAGUGAAUGCUCAGGAUCCGGAUACGAAAUUUCGAUUUGCCAACUAUUCGCUGAUUGUUAAGAAAUUGCGUGUAUGUAAUUCAUUUGCGAGCUACAGUCAAAAAGAAUUAAAUGAACGUGCACUAAUCCCGGAACUACGCUCGCUAAUGCAGUUUCUCCCGAUUCCGAAGCCUCAGUUUGAGCUGAUAACGUGUGAGCCAUAUGGAACAGUGCCAACUUCGCCACAGAAACUUGGCAAAAGCCAAUCACAGGGACAGAUCACGCAAACCACAAUAAAAGCAAACAGACAUGGCCUCCAGCACAUAUUUUUGUCUUUUCUCAUUUUGUAUUUAUUUGUUAGCGAAUUACAGGCGGUAAAGCUGGAUCGUUUUCCGAUUCCGAUUCAGCGUUACAUCCAGCGUUUGGUGCAUCAUUCACAUUACAACGAAUUUGUUCGUCCAACUAUUUGCGGAAUGGAUAGGCCACCAAACUUGGAUAUUUAUUUGUCGCCGCCAAUGAUGGAUGUUUCGGAGACGCCGGCAACACUGCAUCAUGUAUCUUCCAGUACCGCUACUUCAACAACCACUUCAGCUGCUAGUUCUACGAAUGUACCAGUUUCAACAGCCAUGGAUAUGGGUGCUGCACUGGGACCGAUGGCACAGGGCCGCGCACUUGGUUAUCAGCCUGGUGGUAAUACACCUGGCUGUGCACCACCAGGUGCGGACGCUUCAGCUCCCGGUGGCGCAUCUGGUGGUGCAGCAGCAAUCAUGUUUCCCGGACAAACUGGCCCAAUGGCGGCAUUGCCAGAUUUAACAGAACGUGGCCAGACUAGCGCGUCACCGAGAGGUGCACGAGGUGGACGUCGUAAAACAACGGGCCUCUCAACACGUUCUCAAGGCACCACGCGUAAACAACGUCAGCAGCGGCAACAAACUGUAGAUCAAGCGGCCGUAGCUGCAGCUGCAGCAGUAGCCGCAAUGCAGCAGCAACAACAGCAGCAACAGCAACAACAAAUGGCCGGCUCUGGUCCACCGCCUCAGGCCAGCUAUCCGGAUUCCUGGACCGUAACUGGUGCCCAACAACCAGGAGGUCCGCAGCAGUUUGCGUCAGGACCUGCUGGUGCUGGUCAGCCUGGUAAGCCAUUCGUUUCUUUUAUGCGUUUUUGUUAG